CCCGGAUCCCGUAAAGCAGAAGCUCUUCUCGCGAUAGGUGGGCUCGGGAGGAGAGGAGGGAGAUCUGAGCGGCGGAGCGGCUGCGGCUGGGGCUCCGGCUAGAGCCUCCCAAAUACCGAGCUUGCUGUGGCAACUCGUGCAUCAACCUCAUUAUCAAUGCGUACAUCCCUGGAAAGUAUACCACCAAGGAGAGAAAGUAACCAUGGAAAACCUUGAGGAGGAGAAUACUGCUGUACUUUCUUGCCUGAGGACUUUGGAAAACUUUCUUUCAAAACCAGAUGUGGAGGAGGGAUCUAACCUGAAUGUACAGUACCAGCAGAGCAUGCAAUUGGAGGAAAGAGCUGAGCAGAUCCGUUCGAAAUCGCACCUUAUCCAGGUAGAACGGGAGAAGAUACAGAUGGAGUUGAGCCAUAAGAGGGCUCGAGUGGAACUUGAGAAGGCAGCAACAGCCAAUGCCAGGAAUUAUGAGAGAGAGGCUGACCGCAACCAGGAGCUUAUGACCCGUAUCAAACAGCUCCAGGAGAGGGAGGUGGAAGCAGAGAAUAAAUUGAAGGAACAAAUUGAAAUCAAUAGGUCACGUAAACAGGAUCUGGACACAGCAAAUAAGAAGCUCCAGGAGAAAGAGAACAAGUUAGCUGAAGCUAAUCAGACCAUCAACGAGUUAAAGGGGAAAAUUUCUGAGUUGCAAUGGAAUAUAAUGAACCAGGAGAUGCAAGUGAAGAACUUGGAAUCCCAGAAGCAGGAGCUGAUGGAGCAGUUAGAUGUGCAGCACAAAAAGUGGCAAGAAGCCAGCCAACGCGUCCUGGAGCUCCAAGAAAGCCAGUGUCUUAUAGCUGACAGUGAAAAGAAAAUCAAAGAACUGGAGCAGAAGCUGUCUCUGCAGGAGCAGGAUGCUGCCAUUGUGAAGAACAUGAAGUCAGAACUUGUACGAUUCCCAAAGAUGGAGAGGGAAGUGAGACAGCUAAGGGAGGAGAAUGUCUACCUGAGAGAAAUGAAAGAGAACAAUGGCUUGUUGAAAGAAGAAGUAGAAGGACUUCAGAGAAAACUGGAACGUCAUGAGAAGCUACAGGAAGAUAUGGUGGCCUUGGAAUUGGAGAAGGAGAAACUGCUGGAAAGGCUGAAAAGCUGGGAAGGACUGGAGCAAACCAUGGGCUUAAAUAUCAGGACCCCUGAAGAUCUCUCCAACUACAUUUUGUCCCUGCAACAGAAGGAGAUCGAGUUGGCAGAAAAGAGCACCGCCAGCACAAGCAGUGCUCGAAUAUUGGAAAAGAUGCGCCAGCAGCUACUAGAAGAUUUACUUAAGGUCCAGAGUGAACUGUUGGAAGAGAGGAAGAAGCGGGAGUAUAACGAAGACCUUGUCCGACGUCUUCAGAAGCGUGUUUUCCUUUUGACAAAGGAGCGAGACGUAAUGAGAUCUAUCUUGGACUCCUUUGAAAAUGAUAUGUCCCCAUUAGAGAAUUCUCCCCAGUUGGCCCUCCAAGUCCAUGAGGACAUGGUGCAGAAUUUGCAAGCUAAUUGUGCUGAAAUGGAGGUUCAACUAUCCCAAACCCUAGAAGAAUUGGGGAAUCAGAAAGAGCGAGCUGAAAUGCUGGACAUAGAGCUGAAAAUCCUGAAGUCUCAGACUGGUACAGUUGAUCAGAGCUUCUUUGUGUCCAGUGAUGAGUUGAAUGCCCUCAGAUUAAAGGUUGAGGAGCUGGUGAUGGAACGAAGUCAGUUAGAAGAUGAUAAGAAAAAUCUUGAGAUGCAGCUUGAGAAAUUGACUCUCCAGGGUCACUAUGACCAGAGCAAAACAAAAGUGCUCCACUUGAGUAUGAACCCGACCAGCCUUGCUAAGGAACGCCUCAAGAUGGAGCAGCAGCAGCUGCAGGAGGAGUGCCAGCAACUCCAGGAGCUGGUCCGGGUCCUAGAAGGAGGGGGCUCCAUUACCAACAAAUCGGAAGUGGCUGGAUGCCUGCAGCCUUCACAGGAGAUUUCAGAUCUGAAAAAGAAAUUGGAAAGUUCUGAACUGAGAAAUCAACGCCUAAAGGAGGUUUUCCAGACCAAGAUCCAAGAAUUCCGUAAGGUCUGCUAUACCCUGACAGGAUACCGGAUAGACCUCACCACGGAGAACCAGUACCGCCUUACCUCUAUGUAUGCAGAGCACAAAUCAGACUGUCUCAUCUUUAAGGCCUCUAACCCCUCAAGAACCAAGAUGCAACUUCUGGAGACGGAGUUCUCCCACACCGUCCGUGAGCUCAUCGACCUCCAUCUGCUGCAGCAGGACAGCAUCCCUGUGUUCCUCAGCUCAGUGACUCUCGACCUCUUCAGCCGCCAGACGAUCACCUAAGCCAGCCUGCCGGGUUGGAAUCCCAGUGCCUUAAGCAACCCAGAGGCCACAAGAGCUUUAGCCCGCCACCCCCUGCCUCAGCCCCUCCUCUUUGUCCCCCGCUCCAAAGGUUUAAAAUAUCCCCCAUUUUCAAAGUGAUUUUAAGAGGAUAAGGAUAGAGCAAGUGGCCUUGCUUUUUCAGAUUCCAUUUGUCUCACCCCCCACUGCUGUCCCAAAUAUCCUUUCCUGUCCGGCUUGACCUAAUCCUGUCACCCUCGUUUUUGAUAUAUAUACAUCACCAUCUGUCACUUCCCCAGAUAUCACUGCAGAGCAGCGCGUGCAGCUAUCUCCAGGGCCUCUUCUCUUCCUCCAUCCCCUUUCCUGGGUUAUUUCCUUGGCCCCAACAGAUGGCAAUAGCCCCAGAGCUAAUUGGUGCCAUCUAUGAGCUCAUUGCUUAGGGAGCAGCCCUUUGGGGCAGUAGAACAAGCACACCAUGAAGCCACCACCAGGAAGCUGACCUCUGGGGCCUUUACCUCGUGCUCCUCAUUGAGGUCACACCAGAGCCAGGUCUCCUCCUCCCAUUUCAAUGUGCCUUAUAGAUGAAGCUUAGGUCUCUCUUGGGUUUUUAUGUCUGGCCUUCAAGCCAGAUUCUUGGAAGGGAGAGAAGAGAGUUAAGGGGUUGACCAGCUGCAAUGGGACCCUGUGGACUUGUCCCCUCUGCCUUUGUGGGCCCCCCUCCCCCACCUCAUGCUCCACCUCCUCCAUCAGCACACACACCCUCCCCCACCUGCCCCCGACGAUUAGGGAAACACGCUGUGAUGAAGCAUUUGUUUGUCACUGAAUAUCAAUAAAGUUUUCUUCUGCCCCCUACA